AUGUCUGCGAAGAGCGUCUCCGAGGCCGAUGGCAAGGCCAUCAUCAACUAUCACCUCACGCGCGCCCCGGUGAUCAAGCCGAGCACGCUGCCUGCUCCUACGAAGCACAACCCACCCCCUAGACUGGCCUCGCUCUACUUCCCCGAGGAUGCCAACCCGAACGACAUUCUCGACCAGGCCGAGCUCACAUAUCCGUGGCUGCUGCACCAGGGCGCCAAGUUCGUCGCGAAGCCCGACCAGCUUAUCAAGCGGCGAGGCAAGAGCGGUCUCCUGGCCCUGAACAAGACAUGGCCAGAGGCAAAGGCGUGGGUCGCUGAGCGCGCCGGCAAGGCUCAAAAGGUCGAGCACACAGAAGGAAUUCUCCGCCAGUUCCUGGUCGAGCCCUUUGUGCCACACCCUUCCAACACCGAGUACUACAUCAACAUCAAUUCCGUUCGCGAUGGUGACUGGAUUCUCUUCACACACGAAGGCGGCGUAGACGUUGGUGAUGUCGACGCAAAGGCCGAGAAGAUCCUUGUCCCCGUCGACCUCUCACAAUACCCCUCAAACGAGGAGCUCGCAGCAGUUCUUCUGAAGAAAGUGCCCAAGGGCCUCCACAAUGUUCUCAUCGACUUUAUCACCCGUCUCUAUGCCGUCUAUGUCGACUGCCAGUUCACAUAUAUGGAGAUCAACCCCUUGGUUGUCAUCCCCAAUGAGGAUGCCACCUCUGCGUCAGUUCACUUCCUAGAUCUCGCUGCCAAGCUCGAUCAAACUGCCGACUUCGAGUGCGGUGUCAAGUGGGCUGUUGCGAGAUCUCCCGCCGCGCUCGGCAUCACCGCUGCCGCAUCAGCAAAUGGUGCCGUCAGCAUUGACGCCGGCCCGCCAAUUGAGUUUCCGGCCCCCUUCGGCCGUGAGCUUACCAAGGAGGAGGCGUACAUCGCCGAGCUCGACGCCAAGACGGGCGCCUCUCUGAAGCUUACGGUCCUGAACGCCACUGGACGUAUCUGGACUCUUGUCGCUGGUGGUGGUGCCUCGGUCGUAUACGCUGACGCCAUCGCCUCCGCGGGCUUUGCCGAUGAGCUGGCCAACUACGGCGAGUACUCGGGUGCCCCCACCGAGUCGCAGACCUACCACUACGCCCGCACCGUCCUCGACUUGAUGCUGCGCGCACCCAUCAGCCCCAAGGGCAAGGUCUUGUUCAUCGGUGGCGGUAUUGCCAACUUCACCAACGUGGCCAGCACCUUCAAGGGCGUGAUAAAGGCCCUCCGCGAGUACGCCAAGGCUCUCAACGAGCACAACGUGCAGAUCUGGGUCCGCCGCGCUGGCCCCAACUAUCAGGAGGGUCUCAAGAACCUCAAGGCCGCCACCCAGGAGCUCGGCCUCAACGCCAAGAUCUUUGGCCCCGAGAUGCACGUCAGCGGCAUUGUGCCCCUGGCCCUGGUCCCCGGGAAGUGGGAGGAGAGUAAGGCUGAGGAGUUCAAGGCUUAG